AUGAUCGUGUCCGACGACGCACGCCUCAGGUCACAGGCACUUCGACUAGUCAAUGAAAGUGGAAUCAUGAAAGAAUUUGAGGGUUUCAAGGUCGGGCAGAUGAGCUUGGCUGCUGAGUUUGAAAACUUUAGACAGCUUUCCCCGACUCGGAAACCUGCAGCCGAGCCUGGACAGAUACCCGACUUCAAUCGUCUGAGCUCACCACACGACCAGCCGCAGGUCGCGGAGGAGGAGACAUUCCAUCAGAGUACGCUGAACGAAGGACGGCCGUGUCCUCAUGAGACCUCACUCAAACUAAAGAAUCCGUUCUCGGCCGAUAUCACGGCCGCUUCUCAAAUUGAGGUCUUUAGCGAUCCGAGUGGGCCCAUAUCCGGACGGCGGUUAUAUGCCAAGCUUCCCGGUGCCACUGAGAUGGGCACUCAGUCCGCUACCCUAGGCGGGGUAUUGUCCUACCAGGGCCAAUACUACAUCCUGACAGUUGGGCACUUCUUGGAGUCCCUGACAUCCCCUGAAAAGAUCGCGGUUCAAUCCUUGCCCCAGCCUUCUGAAGACAUACCUACCUGCGAGAUCUCCGGAUUGAGCGACUUUGAGGAUGAUGGUGAUGAUGACGACAACGACGAUGACGAUGACGAUGACGAUCUUAUAAGAGCCACAAGUCGGGGAAGUAUCACCCCCGAGGAGACUGAAGCGGAACCUUCCAGGUCAAGCUCAGUAUCAGACCUAGACAGGGCUUCAUGUUCCUCGUCUGCGAGCAUCAUGGAUCCAGGGGAACAAGCCCAGCUGCUUGACUCGAUAAACAAGGCCUUUACCCCGGACAAACAUACGGAAGCGCCAACCACCUUGAACGAACCUCCUGUCAAAAUUGGGGAGAUCGUUAUGCACUCGAAAGCCAUGGACGUGUCCCUAGUGCGGAUCACCGGUGAUCCCGCCACAAGUCUAAGGGUUUCAUCAUCCGAACUUCAGGACGCCUCCAUCCCGUUGGAGGAUUACGAGUGUCACAUCGAGUCCGCAGCUAAGGAUACCACCAUUAAGUGCCCCGAACGGACUUGGAAUGGCCACGUAAAGAAACUUCUAAAUUAA